AUGCUCUCCUCUAUUGCAGGCGUACUUGCCCUCUCUGUCCUGGCCGCAGGACAUGGGGACCAUAGCCAAACUCCAAUGGCUGGUCCUCACCAAAGCCUUUGGUACAAUACUCUACCUGGCGAUGGCGGCACCCAAGCCGACUCCGUCUUUUCCGGAAUCUCGACCUUCGGCCGCCUACCCUACUUCCCGUGCCUGGCAAGCGAAGCCGAGAAGUACGACAUCGCAUUCCUAGGUAAGUCAAUUUCAAGCAAGAGACAUAUCAAAUACAAUAUCAACCACCCAUUUAACGCAUCCAUAAAUCAAACAGGCGCCCCCUUCGAUACCGGAACUUCCUACAGACCAGGGGCCCGCUUCGGACCCAGCGGCAUCAGACAAGGUUCUCGCCGCCUCAAUCUCUACGGUGGCUACAAUGUACCGUUGCAGGCGAACCCGUUCGAUAGCGAUAUGCGGAUUAUGGAUUGUGGUGAUGUGCCGGUUACUUCGUACGACAAUGCGUGGGCUAUCCAGCAAAUCGAAGAAGGACAUAACAGUAUCUUGAUGCGCAAGCCCUUCACUGAUGCCGAUAAAUUGGGUCUCUCCCGGGCUGGAAAGACUCUUCCCCGUGUGAUUACAAUGGGUGGUGAUCAUACUAUUACAUUGCCUCUGCUGCGGAGUAUUAAUAAGGCUUAUGGGCCUGUGACCGUCAUUCAUUUUGAUAGUCACUUGGACUCCUGGAAGCCCAAGGUUUUUGGUGGCUCACCUAGCCAGGUUGCUGCUAUUAACCACGGGACAUACUUCUACCAUGCUGCCAUGGAAGGACUGUUAAAGAAUGACACUAACAUCCACGCUGGUAUCCGUACCACGCUUUCGGGUCCGUCUGACUAUGAGAAUGAUGGAUACUGUGGAUUUGAGAUUGUGGAAGCGCGAGAGAUUGAUACAAUUGGCACGGACGGCAUCAUCAAGAAGAUCCGCGAUCGUGUCGGAACCGACAACCCAGUCUAUCUUUCAAUCGAUAUUGACACGUUAGAUCCUGCCUUCGCACCGGCCACCGGGACCCCAGAGACAGGCGGAUGGUCAACGCGCGAACUGCGGACGAUCAUUCGCGGCCUGGACGGACUGAACUUUAUUGGUGCGGAUAUUGUCGAGGUGGCUCCGGCGUAUGAUACUAAUGCGGAGUUGUCGACUAUGGCUGCCGCCGAUGUGCUGUACGAGGUACUUACGAUCAUGGUCAAGAAGGGGCCGCUUUCUAUUGGCGAAUCUCAUGAGCAGCUAUAA